CAGCUGCACUGGGACCACCAGGGGGCGCACGACGCCCGUGAUGUUCUCAUGAAGAUGUGACAUGUAAGCACAUGAAGGAACAGGUGAUGAGAAGAAGAAGAAGAAGAAAAAGAAGAAAACAUGGUGGAAGUACAAUAGUGAAAGAAGAGUUUUCACACAGCGGUUAGAUCUGCAUCAUACAUACACACACACACACACAUACACAGAAGAAAGAAAGGAGGUGGUGAAGAAGAAGAAGAAGAGGAAACGUCGUCCUCCACUGAGUAAAAGGAAAGAAACAAGAAGAGGAAGGAGUCAAGAGGAGGAAGAAAAGAUGAAGGAGGAGUCAAAGUUUGACGCCCUUAAGAAAGAAGAUUCAGACACAACGACGCACAGGGAGAAGGAGGUGAAGAGGAGAGAGAGAGAGAAGAAUAAAGAAAGAAAGAAAGUGGAUGACAAGACGAGCAGUUUGCGAAAAGGAGGAAACAGAAAGUCAGUGAAGAAAAGAGACAGAGGAGGAGGAGGAGCUGAUGGAGGAGGACAUCAGUAAACAAGGGAUUCUCCACCUCCAACACCAGAGGUUUGGAAAGAAGUGGAAGCGUGUGUGUGCUGUUGUGUACAGAGAAAGCUCCUGUUCCAUCUCCAGACUUGAGUUCUUUGAGUGUAAAGACGGAGGAUCUGUGGAGAAAAGUCUGCGCAAACAGCAGGAACACAAGAAGGUGAUCCGUCUGUCGGACUGUAUCCGGGUGUCGGAGGUGGAGGUGGACGGUUGUCCCAGAGACACUGGGUCCUUCCUGGUGGAGACCACGGAGAAGAUCUACGUGUUCGCUGCAGAGAGAAACCAGCUGGACGACUGGACACACACACUGUGUGAGAUCGCCUUCCCUGCGAGUCGGGUGGAGCUCAGCAGGAGGCCGGGCAGUCUGCAGCGAGGGGCCCGGGCCGAGGACGACCAGGGGAUGGAGGACAACUCACUGUACAGCGGCAGAGAGACAGUGCGUGACUUCAGAGUGUGUGUACGCAGGACGGAGGCGUCUGAUCGCUGCAGACUGAAAGGCGAUGGCGUCCUGCGAGCAGACGUGGACGCUCUUCACCUGCUGGAGAGGACGGGAGACGUGUUGUUCACCUGGACGUACAGACACCUGCGGCGCUUCGGACGGGACAAGUCCAGCUUCUCCUUCGAGGCGGGUCGGAGGUGUGCGUCUGGCGAGGGCAGUUUCGAGUUUGACACCAAACACGGGAACAUCCUGUUCCAGGUGGUGGAAGCCGCCAUCAACCGGCAGAGGAGCUCGCUCCCCCACAGACAGGCCUCCGGUGGCCGGGGGAGUCCAGAGACCCCUCAGAACCUCAGCACACUGCCGCCGCCGCAUCAUGCCCCACAACCCCCCGCUGCUCAGGUGGUGUACAGCACCGUGAGUGAGCAUCAGAAACCUGUGAUGACUCAUCACAGAGACAGAGAGAGCUCCGCCCCCUCGCAGCAGCAGCAGCAGCAGCGCCCCCAGCUGUCUCAUCUGGAGCCGCCGCUGGACAAGGUCCUGACCUCGGUGAAGAGUCUGACUCUGGACCCCCGCGGCCUCCCGGUCCCCCGCAAGAACCAGGUCAAAAUGAUCUCCAGCUGCCCUCUGCCCCACGCCGAGCCCGGCACCGCCCCCUCCCCAGGCUCCACUCACAAGCUGAGCACCAGCCUGAACCCGGAGCAGGCGUACUCGCAGAUCACACAGCUGGCCGCCAGGGAGCGAGGAGGCAGACUGGCUCCGCCCCCUCAGGUCCGCCCAGAGCCGGAGUACUCCCUCCCCUUUGACACAAUCGCCAAGAACGUAAUGGCGGACAUCCUGAGUUCCCAUCACGCUCUCGCCUCUGAGUCCGGCGCCGACCCGCUCUACGACAGCAUCGACGAGAUGAAGAUCAGAAACAUCUUCCCGUGCAAAGCCGACGCCCUCGGACUGUCCCACAGGAAGCUGGAUCACAUCUAUGAUGAGCCCGAGGGCUGUGCCACCGCGGCCACGCAGAAAUCCUCCGUCCCCGCCUCGCUGUACGACGACCCCGAGGAGAUGAGAGGAGAAGCCUGGAGGAUCAUGGGAACAGCCGCUGACCCCAAAGGUCAUGAGUACCCAUACAACCCCCGGGUGGACGACUACGCGGUGCCCAAACGACCCAAGAGGGCGUUUCCUGUCACACACAGCACCAACGAAGAAGAAGUGGAGGAGGAGGAGCAGCUGCAGGGGGAGGAGGAGCCGCUGGAUUCACCGUACAACAACGUGAAGGUGAAGAUGUAGAGACAACACAGAUAUUUAAUCAAAAAUCAAUAAUGACUGAUCAGCUUUAGAACUUCUGUGAUGUCAUCAGUGAACAUGUCGACGCACACACACACACACACACACACACACACAAACACAGAGUAAACUGGUCGUGUCCAGCUCGGAACAAUCGAUGACCACUUGCUCCGCCCCCACAAUGUUUUUCCUACACUCUGACCUCUGACCUCUGACCUGUUCACUGCCUCUUCUCUGUCUUUAUUAAACAGAACAAAACUG